AUGGAUGGAACAAAUCAGUCGGUGGUGUCUGAGUUUGUGUUCCUGGGAGUCUCCAAUUCCUGGGAAAUUCAACUUGUUCUUUUUGUGUUCUCUUCCAUGUUUUACGUGGCAAGCAUGAUAGCAAACUCCCUCAUUGUCCUUACAGUGACUUCUGACUCUCACUUACACUCCCCCAUGUACUUUCUAUUGGCUAAUCUCUCCUUUAUUGACUUGGGUGUUUCUUCUAUCCUUUCCCCCAAGAUGAUUUAUGACUUUUUCAGAAAACGCAAAGUCAUCUCCUUUGGAGGCUGCAUUGCUCAGAUCUUCUUCCUUCAUGUCAUUGGUGGUGUGGAGAUGGUACUGCUCAUAGCCAUGGCCUUUGACAGAUAUGUGGCCAUCUGUAAACCUCUCCACUAUUUUACUAUCAUGAAUAAAAAAAUGUGUAUUUUCCUUUCAGUUUCUGCUUGGAUAAUUGGUUUGAUCCACUCUAUAGUGCAGCUAGUUUUUGUUAUAAAAUUGCCUUUUUUUGUUCCUAAUGUGCUGGACACAUUUUACUGUGAUCUUCCUAGAUUUAUCAAACUUGCCUGCACUGAAACUUAUUGACUAGAGUUCAUGGUCGCAGCCAACUGUGGGUUUAUAUCUCUCGGAUCAUUCUUCAUAUUGAUCAUCUCCUACACUUUCAUCCUGAUCACUGUCCGGAAACACUCCUCAAGUGGCUCAUCCAAGGCUCUAUCCACUCUAUCAAGUCAUAUCAUGGUGAUGAUUUUGUUCUUUGGUCCUUGCAUCUUUGUUUAUACCUGGCCUCACCCCACAUCACACCUAGACAAAUUCCUUGCUAUUUUUGAUGCGGUUCUUACUCCUUUUUUGAAUGCAGUCAUCUACACAUUCAGGAACAAAGAGAUGAAAAUGGCAAUGAGGAGAGUAUGCAGUCAACUUAUUGCUUAUAGAAGAAUUUCUUAA